UGCUGGGUGGCACUGCGGGGUGGCACUGCUGGUGGCACUGCUGGUGACACUGCCGGGGUGACACUGCUGGUGGCACUGCCGGGGUGACACUGCCGGUGGCACUGCUGGUGACACUGCCGGUGGCACUGCCGGGACAUGGCCGGGGCCCGGCUGUGGCUGCUGCUGGCACUGCUGGCCGGGCACGGGGCACGGCCGGGCCGGGCUGGGCAGUGCCAGGAUGGGGAGCUCAGGACGGUCUGGGGAGGUGGCACCAAGUGCUGCCCCAAGUGCACCUGGAAGGGAGGAAGCCCCCCGCCCUGCCAGGCGGCGCAGGACCACGACUGCAAAUGUCCCCAGGGCCACAGCUGCUCCGACGAGCCCUGCCAGUUCUGCAGGAAACUGCCCCAGUGCCAGCCCUGGGGAUGGGAACCUUUCCCUGCAGGAGGUGUGAAUUUCCGGUUUGAGUGCAAGCCCUGUGAGAACGGCUCCUACUCCAGCAGCAGGAACAGCUGGUGCCACAACUGGACUGACUGCGAGAGCAGCGGCUUGCUCACCCUGCGGGAGGGGAACGGCACCCACGACUCCGAGUGCAGCCCGCCCGGCCGAGCCCUGGAGCCAGCCCAGGUGGCUCUGGAAUUCCCCUCCAGCGCCAUCCUGGCCAUCCUGGUGGCCGUGGCCCUGUUCGUGCUCAUCCUGCUCACGUUCCUGCUGCACUUCUGCAUCUGGAGCCUCCGCAGGGACAGCAAGCUGCUGCCCGGGGCCGCAGAUUCCCUCCCCACCUUCCCGCGGCGCCCGCUCCUGGGGGAGGAAUCCUACAGCAUCCAAUUCCCGGAGGAGGAGCACGGCGACAAGAGCGACGAGAAGAUUUCCGUGCUGUCCCUCAAGGCGAACGGCGAGCUCCGCUAGCGGGACCCGCACCGGGAAUGCGGCAAUGCGGGAAUGCGGGAAUGCGGGAAUGCGCUUCCCAAAAUCCCAGCCCGGCCCCGGGGGGUGGGAGCCGGCGGGGCUGCUCCGUGGGGAGAGCAGGGCGAGCUUGGGCUUGUUUGUCCCCUAAAAGAAGCUGGAAUUUAGGGAUAGAUCCUGCUGGGGUGGGUUCAGGAGGAGAGGAGGAGGGAUUUCUCAGGAUAUGCUGAUUUCCAGGAGUGGGAAUUGUGGCCACAGCUCCUGCUUUU